CCUAGAUCUCGUUCAUAGUACUCUUCUGACAUGUCCUACUCGUAAUAGAUCGACAAAUAUACAAAAAAAAAAGAAAAAAAAAAGGAAGUAGUCCUCUUUUAUUUUUUAUUUUAUUUUUUAUCUGUUGAUUAGGGCCGGAGGAAAGUAUUGUUGGGUUGGUUGCCUACCUACGUGUUCCCUCCCACCCACCCCUUUGCAUGCAUUUCCGGGUUGGUACAGUGCCACGUAAGCAGUGCCACAUCAGCAGUGCCACGUCAGACAGUGCAAUGUCAGCAGUGCCACGUCAGCAGUGCCACGUCAGACAGUGCCACGUCAGCAGUGCCACAUCAGACACAGUGACAUGUAAGCAGUGCCACGUCAGCAGUGCCACGUCCGCAGUGCCACGUCCGCAGUGCCACGUCCGCAGUGCCACGUCCGCAGUGCCAUGUCAGCAGUGCCACGUCAGACAGUGCCACAUAAGCAGUGCCACGUCAGACACAGUGACACGUCAGCAGUGCCACGUCAGACAGUGCCACGCCAGCAACAUGACAGGCCUGCCAGGCCAACUGGCCAAUGAGCCCAUUGCCGACUACAAAAAGCGCUUCCAGGCUCAGCUCGUUGUAAUCGAGGCUGAGGAACAACGCCAGCUGACAGCCAAGGCUUCCCAGCUACAGGCUGACGAAGCGGCAGCAGCAGAGAAGCUCCGGCUACAGGCCGAAGCAGACGCAGAGGCCCAGGCUCUCCGCAAGGAAGCCCAGGACCUGCUGCAGCGGCAUGAAGCAGCCAGCGUCGACAGACUCAAAUUCUGGCACUUUGAACCCAACGGCGACGACGCGACACCGGAAGAGCAGCAUAAGGAGUUUCUCUCCAAACUCGUGACACGGCUGUUGUACACUUGCAACUACCAACAGUCCGAGUUGGAGAUUCUACCCGUCGCCAAGCACGCGUACAUCGGCGCCCUGUUCCUGAACUCAAAGGGCGGAUGCCAGACCUGGUUGAGCCACCUGGCAACCUCCCACGGCGUCGACGUACUAGACUUGAAGGACAAAAUCACAUGGGAGGAACUGACACGGCUGUGGAAGAAGCGGUUCAUCGUCGACGACGCGCCGACACUCGCCAUCAACCGUCUGUUCACCAUGUCACAGGGCAACACUGCAACACGGGAUUGGCUCACGGAGUGGCUGAAGAUUGCGGUGGUGCCCAAUCUGGAGUUGGCAUUCACGCAUCUACGCCGUGAGUUCUACAACAGGUCCUGUGCGGCAUUGAGCCAGGCUCAUGGUGAUUGCGAGCAGUACUCAACCUUCGCUGAAAUCAUUGACAAGGCGAGGGAAAUCAUCAAGACCAACAGGUCAGCUGCACACGAGAAGUCAACAUGGCAGCCGACCUAUGUGGAGAGGGUACGAACUGGUCCGCGACAGCAGCACUUCGCUGCAGUCCAGUCGGACAGUGGAGAUAACCCAGCAGCCACUCCAGCAUCAAGUGACGGAGAUCAAGUGGCUGCUGUCCAGCCGCGAAGCAACAACAAGUCCCGCAACAUUGGGAAGGCGAAAUCCGCAUCGCAGGCCGGAAAUGGACAGCCAGUACAAGUUCCAUGGGUCAAGUUCGGCCUGACCGAGGCGGAAUACAAGCUCGGGAAACUGAGCUCCGCGGAAGGUGAGGCGACUCCACCUUCUACUCCGCCAGAUUCGGCCGCCUUGCUAGCGGCCUCCUGCACAUCUGGGGAGAACGCGAAUGUCGCAAGUUCUCAUUACACUUACGAGGACUAUGCUGUCCACUUGGUUCCACCGCUGGACCAACCGCUCCACGUGCAACAAUCCAUCGCAUGCACGGUUUCAUCAACAUCGGCAACCGAUUCGGCACCUUCACCGCAACCUAUCGCCGGGGAUUCGACGUCAUGGUCAAGACUUGAAGAGCUCGACCCAUUGACGUUCACGGACUUCCAGUGGAUGCCCGUUCCCUCGACCGGACGAUUGCCGAAACCGCAUUGCAAUGUGCUCAUGGCACAACUGCGGGAUUACUUGCACACUGCAGUACCAGCUCCGUUGAUGGACGCCGGAGUAGAGGUUGUCGACCUUCACGCUUACGUUGCGAAGAUCGACCUCGAGUUCAAGACGCAACGGUACGAUGACAUCGACGCACCAUUGCUAUAUGUACGCAUUCAGAUCGGAGAGGCGACCUGCAACGCCUUGAUCGAUUGCGGAGCAUCUCGCAACUACAUCAGCCAGGACGUCAUGGUGCGCACCGGCCUUGGCCCACGCGUCCGGAGGAAGUCCCAGCCGAUGCAAGUCACGUUGGCGGACGGUCACACGCACAAGUCCAUCGACCGGUGCAUUGACAACGUCCCAGUGUACUUUGCCCCUCACGCAAGUGAGGCGGUGUCCUUUGACAUUCUGGACACCAAAUUUGAUAUGAUCUUGGGCAUGUCAUGGCUGCGAAGCGAGGAUCACCCGGUGAACUUCUUCCACCGCACCGUUCACAUUCAUGAUCGGAACGGAGUACUAGUUCCAUGCACGGUGCCUCUUCCUCAUCCUUCGAUCAGCUGCCACGUGGUAUCCGCCGCAAGCAUGCGAGCUUCCAUCAUCAGAGACGACAUCGAGGAGAUGGGGGUGUGUUUUCUCCACGCCCUCCCGCCCCAUGACGCUUCAUCGACGGACUCACCUUCGGAUCCACGCAUCACCGAGCUUCUCGACGCCUACAGCAACGUGUUCGAAGGCCCGCACGGAAUAGUACCGGAUCGACCCAUCCGCCACGAGAUUAUCCUCGAGGACGGGGCCGUACCUCCGCGCGGUUGCAUCUACCGAAUGAGCGAGGAAGAGUUAAGUGUGCUCCGGGCACAACUCGACGACCUUCUGGAGAAAGGCUGGAUUCGGCCUAGCUCAUCGCCAUACAGUGCUCCAAUUCUCUUCACGAUCAAAAACGCCGGCCCUCUCCCACGCAUCGACGACCUUCUCGAGCGAUUGGGCGGCGCCCAGUUCUUCUCUAAGUUGGAUCUCAAGUCAGGGUAUCACCAACUCGAGAUUCGCAUGGAGGAUCGCUACAAGGCCACGUUCAAGACGCGAUAUGGGCAUUUCGAAUGGCUGGUUAUGCCAUUCGGCCUUACGAAUGCCCCGACCACUUUCCAAGCGGCUAUGACAACGGAGUUCCGACACAUGCUGGAUCGAUACGUACUUAUCUACCUUGACGACAUUCUGGUGUACAGCCGGAGUUUGGAGGAGCAUGUAGAACACCUGCGCACCGUUUUGGAGCGGCUACGACAAGCCAAGUACAAAGCCAACCGCGACAAGUGCGAAUUCACGCGGCAGGAGCUGGAGUACUUGGGCCAUUAUGUGACGCCGCAAGGCAUCCGKCCRCUUGCGGACAAGAUCGAGGCCCUACGAGUAUGGCCCGAGCCCACCAACACCACGGACGUUCGUUCAUUCAUGGGAUUGGCGGGCUACUAUCAGCGAUUUAUCACCGGAUACUCAAGGAUUGCUGCACCUAUGACGAGGUUACAGUCGCCAAAGGUGCCAUUCGUAUUCGAUGACGACGCACGAGGUCAUUCCAAGCACUUAAGACGACCAUGCUCAUGGCACCCGUCCUAAGCAUCUAUGACCCCACCUUGCCGACGAGAGUGACUACGGACGCUUCCGGCUAUGGCAUUGGGGCAGUCUUGGAACAGC